UUUUUGGGAGUAUUUUGUAUGCCGUUUACAUUAGUUGGAAUGUUACUUAGAGAUUUUAUAUUUGGAGAGAUAAUGUGCAAACUUUUGCCGUAUUUGCAAGCUACUUCGGUUAGCGUUUCUGCUUGGACAUUAGUAGCGAUAAGUGUAGAGCGAUACUAUGCAAUUUGUCAUCCAUUGAGAUCUCGACGGUGGCAAACCUUAAAGCACGCAUAUAAAAUAAUCAUCGUGAUAUGGAUUUCGAGCUUAAUAUUUAUGUUGCCUAUAGCAGUUCUCAGUAAAUUAAUACCAACAAGUCAAGGACAUAAAAAGUGUCGGGAAGUUUGGCCAAACGAACCUUUUCAAUAUGAGAAGAUCUUCAACAUCUCCUUGGAUAUGAUACUUCUGGUAAUACCCUUGUUUGUUCUAGGGGCUGCUUACUUCAUGAUUUCGAGAACUUUGUGGCAAUCGUUAGACUCUGAGAAGCUCCUCAACAAACAAACAUCAGCUGUCACGUUUGGAGAUAAUCAAACGAUCGCAUCGCCAUGUCGGAAGAGACAUAAAAUCAAUGAUACUGUGUCAUUUCAAAAGCUCAAAUGUUCUUCACAACAAAUUGUGCUUUUAAAUCGGGAUGAUGUUUCCAGGAAACAUAUGUUGGGCUUGAGAAGGUCAAAUCCCGCAAAACGGUUGCUGAAUAAAAGGAGAGUUGUGAAGAUGUUAUUUGUGGUUGUUGUUGAGUUCUUCAUAUGUUGGACGCCACUCUACGUGAUAAACACAUUGGCGCUUUUUGACCCGAAGGCGGUUUAUCAAAACCUUGGAUACACCGCAAUCAGUUUCUUUCAAUUGCUUGCCUACUCAUCGAGUUGUUGUAAUCCCAUUACAUAUUGUUUCAUGAAUAUUGGUUUUCGCAAGGCAUUCCUUAAUUUGUUCAGAUGCUUCAGACGUGAGCCCGGUCGACGAAUAAGUGUCAGUGGUUAUUGCAUGACAAGUGCAGGAAGUGCUGAAGCUCAAAUUCUUGCCGCAACUGUCAACAGCUUAAUGCAGAAUGAAAGUAGCUGCAGCAUUCACACACCAAACGAUGAAGAUGCUCGUGAUACGUUUUCAUUUCAAGAAACGCCAAAUUCAAUUCAUUCUUCAUACGAGAAUGGCGAAGAGAAAACUUCAACAAAUUUUUUGAAUUAAAUUUUUUAUGUUCAGAGAGAAAUAAAGCUCGUUAA